UUUUGCACAGUACUGUGUUACUGGUAUAGUUUAUGUGUGUAUGUGUUGUUUGGUGAGGGAAGCACAAGAAUCAGCAAGUCUUCAGUUGCCAUUGUAGUGAUCAAUCUUGAAAAUGCUUGAAAGUGCAAAGUCAGAGCUAACAAUAAGCCACUACAGAGCCACAUGAAUGCUUUUUGUCUUGCCAAGCCUUCUAUUAAGGUAAUACACUAAUAUCAAAUAAUGAUAUAGGAAGACACACUAAUCCUACAGUACAUCUCUAACCUGGAGUAAAGAUGGGUGGUACUCUGAGGGUAUAUAUUUAAGGGCCAGGUGCCCAUAUUUUACUUCAGUUUACAAGCUAAACUUGGUUGGGUCCACACAGAACACAAGAAUAUACUCAUAUAGUCACCAGCGAGAUGCUCUGUGUGGGUAUUUUUGUGGGUUUGGUUUUAGAGUCCUGGUCUUUACCUGUGCAGAAUUCCUCAGCAAUUCACCAUGCAAAGCUGAGGCCAAAGAGGGGAUAUUCAGAGCAAUAUGUGGAGCCAGAGGAGAUGAAUGCAAUGGACAAGAUUCUCAGAGCAAAUAAAAGUAUAGGGGAUUUUUUCAGAGAGGGUGACAUACUUAGUUCAGGUGCACAUAGAUCGACUAUCACAUGUGCAGCAGGAGAUACUUGCCUCUGGCCAAAAUCUGUUGACGGUUUUGUGUAUGUGCCUUACAUCAUCUCACAUCUUUAUGAUGAUAUGGAUAGAAUCACUAUAGAAACUGGAAUGUUAGACAUUUCCUCUAAAACCUGUGUGAAGUUUGUGCCUCGCACACAUCAAGCAGACUUCCUCAACAUCCAGUCAAGAUCUGGCUGCUGGUCAUAUCUGGGAAUGAUAAGCGGGAGUCAGAUUUUGUCUUUGCAGUCUCCAGGCUGUAUGUGGUCAGGGGUGGCAUCUCAUGAGCUAAUGCAUGCUUUGGGUUUUGUACACGAGCAGUCCCGCUCUGAUCGUGACCGCUACGUCACCAUCCUGUGGGAAAACAUUAUAGAGAAUCAAAGGCACAAUUUUAGGAAGUAUGAGACCAAUAACCUCAAUACUUUAUAUGACUACAGCUCUGUUAUGCACUAUGGGAGGUAUGCAUUCUCAGAGGAUGGGGGACCCACCAUCAUCCCUAAACCAGACCCUUACAUUCCUAUUGGCCAGCGAGAUGGACCAAGUCCUCUGGACAUUCAUAAAAUAAAUGUCCUGUAUAACUGUGGUGGCUUGGUGUAAAUUUGUGAAAAGACGGUGAAUGGAAGAACCAUAAUCCAGAGACUGAC